AUGGAGUUGGUAACAGUAGUACCGCGUCAGAAGCUCGAGAGCAUCAGUCUCCUCUCUAACCUGCCCCUCUGGCUGGCCCUCCUCCUCAAGAAGCAGCGACGCGCCAACAUCGUGCCCCCGCCGUGGCUGCACCCCGACUCCCUCCGCGAGACGAUCCACCACGAGACCAAGGUCGACCCGACGGGGUGGAUGCCGCCGCCGGCCCCGCCGACGCGGUCCGACGGGCGCGGUAAUGUGCGACGCGUGGACGCGGGGGAGGUCGCCGGCGCGACGCUGUCGCCUCCCUUCCUGCCUUCCUGCACGGCCGACGCACCAGCCCCCUCCCUGCCGUACCACUGGCUCGAGAUGGCCGAGACGCUGCUUGCCCACGCGUCAGACGACAUCGCCGCCUCCGGCGAGGUGCGCUCCCUGCUGCGCGACCUGCACGAGGUACGCAGCGUCAAGAUGAGGGCCAUCCCCGCACAGCUCGAGGCUGGGGUGGACGGCGUCAUGAGCCUGCGCGGCGUGGGAGCCAUGGAGCUUGCCGAGAGCAGGGGUCUCGUCACGGGUGUCUUGGAGGGCGUCAGGAGGAUAGGCGCUAGCGCUGAGGUUGCUAGGCGUGAGGAGGAGGAGGAGGAAGAGGAAGAGGGGGGUGAGGGUGGCCGUGGGCGCGAUAUCAGUGACGACGGCUACGACGAUGAUGAUAUGCGUCUGUAG